UUCCUGCUCGCCCCGAUAUUCCUCCUCAGCCUGCUUUCCCUCCACACUUGACCUGUUCUGUGUUCCUCCCUGCUUAUCAGCACCCUUGAGUAGAGGGAGCUAGGCCACAAGAUUCAAGUGUUACAUAUUGUCAGCUUCUGAGGCUCCCGGAGUGAAGGGCAGCUUUCCACUGGUAGGAAAUGCUUCACUUUCAAUUGAACGACUGUGUUCUUCCUUCAAAUUAGUAAAUGUUUGUGCUGCCUUGUUUGGAAAUGCUGCGUCAUUUACUCUCUGACAGUAUAAGUCAAUGAUUAUUUUCCUGUGCGCCUGUUAAAUCCAAACAAUUCCACAAUCUACCCCUAAGAAAGCGGGUCAAGAGUCAUUUAGCCAGCAAAGAGAGCACAGUGUGUGUGUGUGUGUGUGUGUGUGUGUGUGUGUGUGUGUGUGUGUGUGUGUGUGUGUGUGUGUCUGUGUGUGUGUCUGUGUGUGAGCGUCCGGGCAGAACAGGGCUUUAAUAAAGUAAACAGAGGGGAAGGCAGGAGAUAAGGCGAACAUAAAGACGACGAAGGAGGCAAGGACACGGAACAAAUUCACACUGAGGGAGAUUAAAGCCAGACAGAGGAGACUGUUUUGGAGCUGAAGUCAGAGAACGCAAAGUCGGCAACCGGACAGAAAGCGAGUAGAGGAACAAAACCAUGGCAUACCGAAUGUUUGAGGGAAAAGAGCAUGCCUCGAUCUACCAAAUGUACCGACCUGCGCCUCCAGAUGAGGUCAAGAACAUUAUUCUUCAAUACCUAGAUAAAAAGAAGGGGCAGCCGCACGUGCUGGCCGUGGAUCUGGGAUGUGGGACAGGUCAGAACACGCGGUUAAUGGCACCGCACUUCCAGCAGGUGGUGGGCAUCGACAUCAGUGAGUGUCAGGUGGAAGAGGCCAGGGCUGUGCCAGGGUACCCGAACAUCACGUACAGGCAGGGUACAGCAGAGGACCUCCCUUUUCCAGAUGACUCUGUCGACUUGCUGACAGCAGCGUCGGCAGCUCACUGGUUUGAUCAGUCGAGGUUCCUGGCCGAAGCAAGUCGAGUUUUAAAACCCCGGGGUUGCAUGGCUCUGCUGUGCUACACUCUUGAUAAUACCAGACUUCACUACCAGGACUGUGGAGAACGACUCAAUCAGCUACAUAAAGAGAUGAAACAGGAGCUGUUACUUUACGCCAGCAGUCCAGUAGCUGCAUCUCAGAAUAAGCUGGACGAUCUCUACUCAGCCAUCCCUUUUCCAGAUAAAGAGAGGGUCGAGGGCAUUUGGGUGAAAGAGCCAACCUCUGUGAGGAACCUGAUGGGUUUGAUCAAGACCUUUUCCAUGUUCCAAGCUUACAAGAGGAAAGAUCCCCAGAUGGCUGAAGACCUGCUGCUCAACACUCAGAAGAGGUUUCUGGAGGAGAUGGGAGUCACGUGUCCUGACACAAACAUGGAGCUGGAAAUGGAAUAUUACUGCAUCCUGGCAUCAAAACCACAAUAAUCAGCUACAUCCAGUCGGUUGUGUAAUUGCCGGAGCUUACUGAUUAUGAAAAUUUCUGAAUGAACCACAUUUUUGUUCCCUGUCAUGGCCUUUGGGUAAGCUGCCUUACUGGCUUGCAGUGUAAUCAUUAACACAGGAACCAGUUUACAGUUGACUUACAGGAACGUUGAUCUGUUCAUGUAACUCAAGGCUUCAUGCUGUAGUGAACCACCUCUCAGAACGUUCCCAACAGAACAACUGAUUGUUUGCAGCCUCGAAUGCACACUGAGAGGUCACAUAACUAGCAAAAAUGUUUUAUUUUGAAAUAUAAAAUGCCAAGCACUGUUUGUUCUGCUGCUUCCAUUUGUUUCCUUUAUUCUCAGUAGGGAGAGGGCAGGACAGUCUGUAGUGUACCUGCUUUGUGUAAUGCAAAUGAAACUAAAGUUACAAAUGUUUUAUCUCACAGCUUUUUAUAAUGAUUUACAUACUGUUGAAACAAAGUAUCUUUUCCAAUAACAAAUAAAGAGACGUUGAAUGGAA